AUGAAGUUCUCGGUCAUCGCAUCCUUCCUCCUCUUCGUAGCUAAAGCUAUCUCGCAGGAUGCCACCGCUCCUGAGCCCAAAGUGAACUGUCCACAGAACUCACUUUAUGGCGAAGAAAGCACAAAGUUUAUACUGACUACCGUGGCCGCUGACAUCUACCCUCACUUUGGGGACUUUUACUCUGAAAGCUGGCCCAAUAUUCUGUUUGCGCCUGACAACUUCACCUUCACACCUCCAACUCGCACCAUUGUCUUCAACGGUGGCAACAACACACUCUCUGAGUAUCUCCUCCUAAACAGCAGCACCGUGGACUCGUUCAUGCUCCGCUGGGAGCUCUCCUCAGAGCCCUUCAAGCCAACUGGUAGAUUCGACGUCGUCUACUACCAGCAGUCCAUCAACGUUUAUCCUGUCUGUGACGGUGGUCUCCUCUCUUCUGUCGUUUGGAGAACUAGGGCGUGCAUCUAUGGAGACCCGGGAAUCGGCAUUACAUGGUUCAAAGAGCGCCAUAACCAGGCGAUUGCAAACAUCUUCUCAGGCAUUGAGGGUGGGUGGAUGGGAGGGCCGGAGACGACUGUCGGAAACUGCUACGGGCUGAACAACACGUCCGAAACAAACGAAACUGAGACCGAGACCGAGAAGGAUAUCCUGGGGCCGAACGGAGUGGCCAUUUACACCCCUGUUCCGGAAUUGAACAGCGCUGGGAUCAAGAGCUACAUGUUUCGUGGGGGUGACCUUGCUGCGGUACUUGUGCUGGCAGCGGGGACUGUUAUCUGGCUAGGGUAG